AUGGCCGACUCUAAGGACGCAGUAUCGACCAACGUGGAUGGGGCUGGAAUCAAUGAUUUUCGAUCCUCUCAUUUGGCUGAUAUAGAUAGUUCGAUUGACUUGAACAAUGAACUCAUCGAUACUUCGAAGGUUGACGAUGUGCUUACCCGAAAGAUGGCUCUGGUCAACGCUGCAAUCGAUGAGAUUGGCAUGACACCGUUUCAAUGGAAGCUAUUUUUCUUGAACGGGUUUGGCUAUGCUGUGGAUUCACUCCUCGUUGUGUGUCAAUCUAUUGCCCAGCCAGCAGCUACACAGGAAUUUCGCAAUCCUAGCAAGCAUAUUGCAGGCAUCUCUCUAGCUUCACAAGUCGGUCUUCUUGUUGGUGCUGCUGUCUGGGGAUUCUCGGCAGACGUUAUAGGACGCAAGCUCGCUUUCAAUACGAGCUUGUUUAUAUGUGCUGCUUUUGUGCUGAUUGCUGGCGGUAUGCCUAGCUAUAUUUCUUUCUCUGCAAUGGUUGCUAUAUAUUCGGCUGGAGCCGGAGGAAACUACAUUCUUGAUGCUACCAAUUUCCUUGAAUUCCUACCCGUAUCUCAUGCCUGGCUCGUCACUUUCCUCUCGGUAUGGUGGGCCGUCGGGUACACCGUUACCGGUCUACUGGCAUGGGCAUUCAUGAGUAACUUCAGUUGCGCAGCGGAUGCCGUAGAGUGUCGUCGAUCAGAUAACAUGGGCUGGCGCUAUCUACAUUUCACCUGUGGCACUCUGGUGCUUGUUCUCAGUGUCUUCCGGUUGUUUGCUAUUCGUAUGGUCCAAACACCCAAAUGGUUGACGAGUCAAAAUCGAGAUGAAGAACUAUAUGCAAUUCUCGUGAAUCUGUCUGAAACAUACAAACGACCACUUUCGCUGACCUUGGAAAAGCUACAGGCUCAGGGGCGUGUACUGCAUACGGAGAAAUCUGUAUGGUCUGGUCUCCGGCUGAAAAGCCAUUUUUCGGGUCUGUUCAGCACAACUAAACUAGCAUAUUCUACUGUUAUGAUUAUAGUCAACUGGCUUCUCAUUGGGACUGUCUCGCCCUUAUAUGGUGUCUUCUUACCAUACUACCUUGCGUCCCGCGGUGCCGAUACUGGGGAUAACUCAAACUACACGACCUGGCGCAACUAUGCAAUCAAUCAAGUAGCCGGUUUGAUUGGUCCCAUUAUUGCCGGUUUCCUUGUGGGAUGGCGGUGGUUUGGGCGACGAGGCACACUUGCUGUCGGAGCAGCAAUUACCACUGCAUUGCAGCUUGGAUAUACGCAAAUCAAAACACCGGCACAAAACGUGGGAGUGUCAGCGGCAAUUUCGGCAGCAUCGAAUAUUUACUAUGGUACUAUAUAUGCAUACACACCGGAGAUCCUGCCGAGUGCUCAUCGUGCCACUGGAUAUGGUCUCUGCGUGGUUCUGAAUCGUAUUGGUGGUAUUGUUGGCGUGUUGGUUGGAAGCUAUGCUAAUGUAGAGACUGUGAUUCCAUUGUGGAUUUGUGCAGGGUUGUAUGGUGCUCUGAUCUUUACGAGUUUGCUAUUGCCGUUUGAGAGCAGAGGAAAGAGGACCGUUUAAACUGUGGUUGUGUCUGUGAUUGUGUCUCCGAUGUUAUUGAUUAUUACAGAUACUUUCAACGGUGAUAUAU